UCAGAGCAGGUGCUGGUGUCCAGGCGAGCGGAGCGCAGCGCGGCGGCUCCGCGCGCCGAGCGGAUGCAGGACCAUGGAGGAGAGAGACAGGUCGCCAGCAGUUUGCCCCACGGCGUCAAGGCGAGCCUGUCUCUCUCUCCGUCCGGCCCGGGGCGGGUGGGCAGCGGCGGCGGCUCCCCCACGUCCAAGGUGGGCUACUGCGGCGGCGUCCCGGUGGAGGACAUGCAGGCCCUGGCCAUCACCUCGCUGUCGGCAGCAGACGUAGCCAAACAGUACGAGCACAUCCGCGAGCUGGGGAAAGGAACGUACGGCAAAGUGGACCUGGUGGCACACAGGACGCAGGGCACCAAGAUAGCGCUGAAGUUUGUUACCAAGAACAAGACGAAGCUGAAGAGUUUCCUGCGGGAAUACAGCCUGACAGGCUCGCUUAGCUGCAGCCCCUUCAUCAUCAAAGUCCUGGACGUGCUUUUUGAGACGGAGGACAGCUACGUGUUCGGACAGGAGUACGCCCCCGCCGGGGACCUCUUCGACAUCAUACCCCCACAGGUGGGUCUGCCGGAGGAGAUGGUGAAGCGCUGCAUGCAGCAGCUGGGCUUGGCUCUGGACUUCAUGCACAGCAAGAGUUUGGUGCACCGGGACGUCAAGCCCGAGAACGUGCUCCUGUUCGACCGCGAGUGCCGCCGCAUCAAGCUGGCCGACUUCGGCAUGACGCGCCGGGUGGGCUGCCGCGUCAAGCGGGUGAGCGGCACCAUCCCGUACACGGCGCCGGAGGUGUGCCGCGCCAGCCGCACCGAGGGCUUCCUGGUGGCCACCAGCCUGGACGUGUGGGCGUUCGGCGUGCUGGUCUUCUGCAUGCUGACGGGCAACUUCCCCUGGGAGGCGGCGCUGCCGGCCGACGCCUUCUACGAGGAGUUCCGGCGCUGGCAGAAGGCGGGCUGCCCCGCGGGGACGUACCCGUCGCAGUGGCGCCGCUUCACCGACGACGCCCUGCGGAUGUUCCAGAGGCUGCUGGCCUCCGAGCCGGAGAAGCGCUGCGGGGUCAAGGACGUCUUCUGCUUCGUCAAGUACGAGCUGGUCAGCGAGCUGAGGCGCCGGGCGUCCUGCCGCGCCAAACGGGGCGAGAGGUCGAGCUCGGGGGUGUGCACCGGCAGCUGCUCGUCCUCGUCCUCGUCCUCCACUCCGCGCCCGUCCCACAGACACCCCGAGCCCUCCACCCCGCCGGGGACGUCCUGCCUGCGCCCGGCGCCGCUCAAACGCAGCGUCCUGUCCGACCCGCUGUCUCCCAGGGAGGAGUCCGGGCAGCACCAGUCCCCGGGCCGGGACAAGAACAAGAGCCAGAUGGUGAUGGCGACAGCCAUAGAGAUCUGUGUGUGACUGCUGCAGAGC